UCUCUCAGACAUUCGCAAGGCUUUCCGAUCUCUCUCUCUUCGCGUGAAUUCAUCACCGGCCGAAGAUAUUUGGCGUUACGGUUCCGAUGGGGAGGGAGGAGCUGUACAUCACGGUGCCGAGCCUGUUCCGGUGCCCCAUCUCCCUCGACGUCAUGAAGUCGCCGGUGAGCCUCUGCACCGGCGUCACCUACGACCGCUCCUCCAUCCAGCAUUGGCUCGAGUCCGGCCACGAUACCUGCCCAGCAACGAACCAGCCCCUCCCUUCCAAGGACUUCGUUCCCAAUCUCACCCUUCACCGCCUCAUCAACCUCUGGAUCCACUCCUCCGCCUUCUCCUCCUCCUCCUCCCCCCGCCGCCCCGCCGCCGGCACCUCUUCCCCCUCCUCCCCCUUGACGCUCCUGCCUCCGGUGGUCUCGAGCUGCAAGAUCCGCGAGCUGGUCGCCGGCAUUGCCAGAGAACCGCAAGCUGCCGGCGUGGACGAAUUCGAGAAGAUCGCGCAGUUCACGAGCUACUGCGAGGAGAACCGGCGGUUCCUUGCCAACCUCCCCGACUCCGUCGAGGCUAUCCUCCGUGUGCUGGUCAGAAAAGGCGGACAAAUCGAGGUCAUUGAGUCCGCCGUUAGGGUUUUGGACUGGAUUUUGCUGGAGAACGGAGUGAGAGAGCGGAUUCACCGGUUGAUCGUCAGAAGCGACUACGAGAAAUUCUUCGAUUCAAUCCUCUCGGUCCUCCGGAAUGGAAGGCUCGGCUCGAAGGUCCAAUCGGCUAGGGUUUUGGAGCUGAUCGCAUCGAACGCCGAAUCGAGACGGACCAUCGGUGAGAAAGAGGCUAUCCUUUCCGCUCUAGUGCACCUCCUGAGGACAGAGUCCGAUAUGUUGCUAGCGGACGCCGUCCUAUCGUUGCUGAUAUCGCUAUCGGUGACUCGGUCCAUCAAGGCUCAGCUGGUCCAGCUCGGGCUUGUCCCCAUCCUAUCUAGGAUCAUCUCCGAUCCCAACACCGCCAAUCCAGCAGCGGAGAGAGCCAUCAAGAUGGUCCACCUUGUCUCCGCGCUCGCAGAGGGGAGGAUAGCGAUAAGCGAGGACCCAACCUGCGCCGUGGCGGUCCUGGACAGGCUGAUGAAGGUACCGAGGGCAGCAAAGGAGGAAGGCGUGGCGGUGCUUUGGGGCAUGUGCUGCGCGUACAGGGACGGCAGGGUGAAGGAGAGGGUGGGGAGGGCGAACGGGGUGACAAAGCUUCUGGUUGUGAUGCAGAGCGAAGGGGACGCCGGAGUGGUGAAGAGGAUGUGUGGGGACCUGGUGAAGGUCCUCCGAGGCGUGGCAAUGGUGGAUCCGUCCUCGUCUUCCGGGUACGGCAGGCUGGCAAGCCUCGAGACCAAGACGACCCAUAUCAGGCCUACUGAAACAGAUAGAUGGGAAAUUCCACCGUUCAUGUCAUUAACGGCUCAUUACGGCGGGGCCGGGAAGAUCACUUGAUCGGCGUGCGAUCAAUACCAUGUGUGGAUCCAACCGUCAACAAAUCGUCAUCGGUUUCUCGUAUUCGAUUGCAUCUCUUUGUGAUUUACUGAUUUUCUUUCUGCAGAGAUUCUUAGGACAGACAGUGGAUAGAUUGACAAUUCUUUGGAGUGGGGAAGGCGAAAUUAGUCUAACGUAGUGAUUACAAAACAGAGACAGGGAAGAUGGAAGUUGUUGAAUUUCUUGUAAUUAAACAUCACAGUGUCCAAAUGUUGUUACCACAGAUUUUAUAAUGCAAAAGGCUCCAAUGGUUCUCUUACGUUU